GACUGAUGAGACUCUCAAUAUAGCGAACUAAACGAAGGCAGAGAAGAUGAGGAUGAUGCAGUGGCUCAAUUCAUUAUUUUUCAUUUGGAUUCACUGUCAGGUUUGCAGGACAGAGUUUGAGCUGACUUUACUCCACACUAAUGAUGUCCACGCACGAGUGGAGGAGACCAACAGAGACUCAGGCAAAUGCAGUAAAGCGCCUUGUUUCGCUGGAGUUGCACGGAGAUUUACGAAAAUCAAAGAAGUUCGUACCAAGGAGAAAAAUGUUCUGCUGCUGGACGCGGGGGAUCAGUUUCAAGGGACCGUCUGGUUUAACUUUUACAAAGGCGCAGAAGCGGCGUAUUUCAUGAAUAAACUCGGAUACGAUGCGAUGGCCUUAGGAAAUCAUGAGUUUGACAAUGGAGUGGACGGCCUCGUGAAACCUUUUCUUCAGAAAGUGAACUGCACUGUUCUCAGCGCAAAUAUUAAAGCCGAUCAGACAAUUGCUCCUCAGAUCAGCGGCUACUAUCUCCCAUAUAAAAUCUUCAAUGUUAACUCGGAGAAAGUAGGUGUUGUUGGCUACACAUCAAUGGAGACCCCUGCUUUGUCUCUACCAGGCCCUCAUCUCUAUUUUGAGGAUGAGGUUACUACUUUACAGCUUCAAGUGGACAAGCUCACUGCUUUGGGAGUUAAUAAGAUCAUUGCCCUUGGACAUUCUGGCUUCGCGGUGGACAAAAUGAUUGCAAAGAAAGUUCGGGGAGUGGAUGUUGUGAUUGGAGGGCACACCAAUACAUUCUUAUUCACAGGAGAUCCCCCAUCCACAGAGGUUCCUGCAGGAUCAUAUCCGUUCAUGGUCGAUUCUGAGGAUGGGCGUCAGGUUCCUGUGGUCCAGGCCUAUGCAUUUGGAAAAUAUCUGGGAUUCCUAAAAGUGACUUUUGAUUCAAAUGGAAAUGUGGUGAAAUAUUCAGGCAACCCAAUUCUUCUGAAUAGCUCAGUAACACCAGAUCCAGACAUUCAGGCUGAAGUGGACAAUUGGAGGAAGAAUCUGGCCAAUUACUCUUCCCAGUAUGUAGGACAGACUCUUGUCUAUCUCAAUGGAACUUUUGAGGAAUGUCGAUUUCGUGAAUGUAAUUUGGGAAAUUUAAUCUGUGAUGCCAUGGUCCAUACUAAUAUCAAACAUGCUGAUGAAACCCGGUGGAACCAUGUCAGCUCUUGUAUUCUGAACGGUGGAGGCAUUCGAUCAGCUAUUGAUGAGCGAAACAGAAAUGGUUCCAUCACCAUGGAGGACCUGAUCUCGGUGUUGCCGUUUGGGGGCACAUUUGACCUGGUCCAAAUGAAUGGAUCUGCUCUGCGAGAGGUCUUUGAGCACUCAGUUCACAGAUACGGACAAAGCACUGGAGAAUUCCUACAGGUGUCAGGUUUUCAGCUGGUGUAUGAUAUAUCAAAACUGCCUGGAAACCGUGUUAAAAGUGUGAACGUGCUCUGCACUGAGUGUCGAGUGCCCCGUUAUGAACCGCUCAACCCCAAGAAGGUGUAUAAAGUGGUGCUGCCCUCUUACCUAGUGGACGGAGGAGAUGGAUACUCUAUGAUCAAAGACCAGAAACUCAAACAUGACAGUGGCGACCUGGAUAUCGCAGUUGUUGCCAGCUACAUCUCAGAGAGAAAGAGAGUUCAUCCAGUUGUGGAAGGACGUAUUCAGUUUUCCAGCUCUUGCAUUGGACAUCGAGGAUACAUGCCCAUCAUUCUGCUGGUGUGGGCUCUCUGGGUCAUGAUUGUUUAGCCAGUCAGAUUACUUCCAAUGCACUUGUGUAACAACAUGUAGCGUCAGAGGAAAACAAGAAACCUUUAACCCAAAGACUAGUUGCCUUCAUAGAAGUAAACGGUUCAGAUUAACUGACAAUUAACACUGUGAUCUAGUAAGGAUAAAGGAACGGCACUCGUCUUGUUGCACGAGUUGAUAUUAGAGCAAUACAGAGAUCUUCUAUACAGGCAUUUACUACACCUCUUCAUAGAUAAAAGUCACAGAAUCCAUAAGAGGGUAUACUAUGAGAAAUCUCAACAAGAAAUGUUCAGGUCAUUUAUCAACCCAGAAUGAUUUUUUGCUUAAACAUACCUAUUUUAAGUCCAUUAAGAUAUUUUUGUGAUGAUAUUUAUGAC